GAAUUUUGGUACCAGUCUAUCCGCGAUCAACAAGUUGCGGACAUGACUGCUGCCAGGGAAAACGGUAUUCGAUCCUGGAUGAUUGAGCAUGGCUGGGAAGCAGAAGUAAACUAUUUUACGUGGGAUUUUAUCGCGAAACUUCCCAUUAUCAGCGCACCCAAGUUACUAACGCCACGAGCUCUCGGCACAAUCAGCAAGCCUCUUAACGAAUGGAUGGAUAAUUUAAGAAACAUUAGAUUGGAGGAAACCGUCUACUCUCCUCGGCGCCGCAUUCUAAUGGAGACAUAUAAAGUAUACUUGCGAAUGAGUCCGCAGGCUGGUGACUCGUGCGAGCUCAUGCCUCAUGUCGCGGACGUAGCUGCGUUCAAGCCGUUCGACGAUAUCAUCAAAUCUCCUAGUGACGUGGUUGUUAACGCGAGUACCUUUCUCGCAGCAUUCCCCCAACUACCGACUUUGGUAUCGAACUGGCGUCAAAAGAUUGACAGAGAUCUUGUAGAUACUUGCAUAAAUUUGCGAUCUCCAUAUCUACCCCCAGCUCCUGCAGAAGAAUAUUCAAGUAUAUUGUCACGCUUACGUCUUGCUGUUAGUGUUUUUGCCUUUCAUGACGACGUAAAUUUCUUCAGUUCACGGAGUCCACGACAUAUGUUGCUAUACCCCGACAUACUGCGAUUUCGAACUUUCAUCGAGCCUUGUCGCUUUUCUCAUUUUAACCAUACCCCCAACGCUACCUCUAUUGCUCAAAAGAUAAUGGGAGGCCAUCCGUGGUCUGUCUGUCGCAGUGGUCGUCGUCCAUCUACGGUCAAAUAUUUCUCAGAAGCUGCAAGUAUUAUCCAUGCUUGUGGUAUGGAUCCAAGCACUGCAACCGUCAAUGAUAUGAAUAGAUUAGAUCCGAGGCUGCGAUGCGACAUUUGUAUUGUCUCUAAACAUCAAACGGUCGUUAUGACAUGGCGUACGGCUGUAGGGGUUGGUCUUUAAACUUCACCAUACUUUGCUGAACCUAUCUUCAGAUUUAUCAUGCUAUCACGACUCAUGGACCUAACAUGUAUGGGAACUCAAGUUCCUCGCCCCAUUUUACCCUGGUCCAAGGUGAAGACGAACUCCGCGUGCGGCUCAUGGAGGGCAAGUUGGAGGUUUUCGAUGAUAAUGCCAUUUUUUAUAUAUGCUAUCUAUGUCGGCGUUCUGUUGGCGAUGCGAUGAAGAAAGCUAACAUGUUUUCUCACGUUCAAA